UAGACCUCAUCUGCAAACAUGUCGCUACUGUUGGUUUCCAGGUUUUUAGACCCCCAAAAGGUGGCCGCCAUAGGCGUGGAACUUGCCCAAAAUAUUGGGGAAUCCCCCGAAAGCAUCCCUGGCUUGUGUGACUUGUUGGACCAGAUUGAAGAUAAAGCUCCAGUGAUUUCGAUUGUGAGUCCCUUCGUCGAAAAUGUCAUCAGUUCUGUCCAUGAAGAACAAUACUUGAAGAACAUGAUCCAAAUGUGUGGAAAACUUCCACAGCUCUACGAACUUGCCAUUUGCCAGAUCAAAAGAGCACUCUCUGCUCAUAUAAAACAUUCUAUGAACAAGUUUGUUCCUGGUAUAAAAGCCAUUUUGGAGUCUAGUGAGAUCGUGAGCCACAAAGGUGAGGCUCUCGAACAAGACUACAUAGUAUACUUGUUGAAGGUAUUGGAGCUCGUAUUUGCUCAAACCUCGUUCGAAACUGAUUUCAAAGUGGAUCAAAUAUUAUGUUUCUUAGUAGCUAUCGAUGUUGAGGAAAUCAAUGCUCAGGCUUUGAAGACAUUUAAAUGGAGAAUCGAUACCAUUACCCGGAAGACUCUUGGCACAGACUUUUUGUGGAACAUAAUCUUCUUGUUAAUCCAGACAAAAUCCAACUACCACUGUACAAAUGCCUAUAUUGUAUGGCUUCGGUAUUUGAAUAAUCUGAACGCUAAUUUUACCAGUGAUACAUUUUACCAAUCAGUCAUUUUGCUGAACUCAAAAUACUUCGACUACUUGCAAGGAGGGCUCACUAGCGAGCUUCAUGAACAUAGAAAGUUGUGCUUUUCAAUCUUGAAGUUAUCUAUUCUUCAAAUCAAUGCUGACAUCCAUAAUUCCAUUUUCGAGUUUAAAAUAGAUGAGAAGUCACUAUACAUGAAAGAGUGGGAACGGUUCUUCACUGUAUUUGAGAUUGUUGCAAUAGACACAUCGCUCCACCAAACGGAAGCUGCAUCUGGUGACAUUAUUCUGUUGAUUUCCCCAGACUCGUCAAUUCACCCAUCCUGGGGCUUCAGUUUAUUAUCCACCGGAUUCAGAGCAGGCAACGACUCUGUCAGGAAGUUCACGUUGAACCUUCUCUACUCAAUUCCAUCAUCCAAUUUGUUCUUGAUCAAACAUGCAUUACCAGUCUUGGAAACAAUCUUUUUGCCGUAUAUGAUGCUUGCAAACCACUUAAUUGUGGUUGAGGACCAAUGCUCAUAUGGGGAUAUAAUGUGUGACUUUAUAGCCGAUAUUAUUCAAAGCUGCAACACGGAAGAGGAGUCUCGGGUGUUGGUGAACACAUUUUUGAAAGUCUUGAGCAAUGUUAAGGAUGCGUUUGAUCCUUCCAAAAUAUAUGUUCUACUUGGUAUCUACAAAGGGCUCCAAGGAAAGCAGAUUUUGGAAUUCUCCGAAGCUGGAGAGAAAUUGGUUUCCUUAUUUGAAAUAGCAUCUGAAGGAUUCUUGUUCCACAAGACUUUGCAGACCAUAACCUUGAGGUUAGUGUUGAGCUUUAAGUUUGAAGUUUCCUCGUUUUUGAAAGCAAUGGAACGGUUUAUCAGGUUCAACGGUUCUGCUUUGGUUAAUGAGAACUUUGAAGAUAUCAAGAAGUAUUUGCUUCAAAACAUGGCUUCUCCGGACGAUUUCAAGCUCGAUUUUGCAAGUGAUUUUGUCAACGCCGUGUCUUUAUAUUUCAGGUCAGUUUUGGGUUCUCAGUUCGAAUAUAUUGACAGAACAAAGGUCGUGGCCAAUUUGAUUGGCUCCUCUUUGGAUCUCCACUCGUUUGAAUCAGCCCAGUUCAAACAGUAUUUGAAUGUUCACCUCGAGAAGUUAGUCAACGAGCCUCAAGACCCCGAUAUUUACCAGGUUUUGGCCAGGUCUUCGUCUAUUCCAAACACCUUAGAGUUGAGCAGUUUGUGGAAUUCUGUUCAAGAAGACGUUGAGCUGAACGACGAGGAGGUGCUUCGGGUGCUGGUGGUCAAGUAUAAGUUCUUGAACAGCUUGGUUAACGACACAAACUUGAAGGCUUUUGACUUGGGCUCUUUGGUGCUGUUCAAAAAACGUAUGUUUGUCAACUCUAAGACUGCAAGCAUCAACUCGAAAGACUUCUACAAAGUGAAAGAAGACAUGGUCGGACAGUUCUUGAGAACUCUUGAAAUCUUGACCACAAAAAAGGUGUUUAAAAGUGGUGAUAUUGAUGCUAUUUUAACUAUUAUUCCAUCCAACUUGGUGAGCUACCAGUCAAACAUAUCCGUUGUUUCCUUCUUAGCGGUGUUAUUGGAUCUGAAUAUUUCGAAGGACCAAAUUUCAGGUAUCCUGGAUGUUUUAUUGGAAGUCUGGAACAACUUAACUUCCACCAGAUUGCAGUUGAACCAAAAGGACCUACACAAAGCCAUUAUUCAAGCCCUUCUUCACCCAAAGAUUAUAGACAUGGCAUUGGAAGUACCGUCAUUGUCUGAUUCGUUGGUUGCAUUUUGCAGCUCAGUGAUUGAAAAUGCUGUGGGAAGAAGAGGUUUAUUGCCUACUUUGGCCAAGUGCAUUUCUGACUAUCAAGUAUAUCACCAUGAGAACUUUUCCAGAUCUUACUGGCUUUGCAAGACCUUGGUUGACGGUCUUGUAAUGUACCAGUUGAGUUCCAAUGCAUUUAAGUUGGAAAGCGUUAUAGGAAGGUUGUUUGAUGAAAAUUUCGGUCAAGACGGCUCUGAUUUGUACUUGGACAUAUACAAUGUUCAUGAAGUCUCCAGUGAAGUCAACUUUAUGGCGAUUUAUUCGUCAAUCAAAUCGUCGGACUUUGCUUCCCAGCUUUUGGAAUUUAUCGUCGAGAAUCAAAAGUCUUACAACUUAUUUGAAGUGGUGAGAUGCAACGAUGGAUAUGAACAAUGGACUCGGAUCCGAGUGUUCACCAUAAUUGCCUGUAUCAUUACUAAGGUAAACAACACCAACCUCCUUGAAUAUUUGCAGCAAUUCAUCAAGUUACUUGACAGUGACCCCAGUCCGCUUGUUAGAAUCUACAUUGAGUGGAUUGUUGCAUUGAAGUUGGGAGACUAUACUGAUUUACAAGACCAACUCUUCACCGACUUGAGAGGUUUGCUUGACUUGAAGGAGAUGAAACCCUCCUUGAUAUGUUCCUACCAAAGAGUGUUGGUUCUCUUCAUCAACCACUUGCCGUUAGAAAAGCAACAACAAUACUUGGAGAGAUUACUUCUCAUAGUCAUUCCUUGUGCAACUUCAAACAAGGCGACAGUAAGACACUUUUCAACAUCUUUGAUCUGUACCGUCUAUCCAAUGAUGGAGGAAAAACACAUCCAGGUGGCACCGGAGUUGAGUCAAGUUCUUACCAACAUGUAUGAAAGUGCCCUCAGCAACACCAUUUUGGGUGCGUACCGAAAUGGGGAUGCUUUAUUGUGGGACAUGGAGAAGGACCACACAUUGGUGAAUCUUGCGGGUGUGCUUUUAUUAAGAGUCAGUCAUCACGAUGUCGAGUUCAUAUCCGAAGCCCAGUAUAAAAGAUACUUGACGUCUGAUCAGAUUGGAUAUUUGAAUAUCCCAAUUGGGAAGGACUGUGAGGACCUAUGGAUCAAGGACAGAAAAAAGUCUUUGGCCAAACCCACUUUUGGCAUCAACAAGCAUGAAAUGCUCAACAAAAACCCACUCCAAACAAAAAGUGGAGCUUGGAGCACGGUCAUGGACUUGGAUGAUAGCGAUAAAAACACCUUGGUGAAAAGAAGCGACCUUAUAGUGGUUUCGUCGCUAGUCGAUAAACCACCAAAUUUGGGUGGUAUUUGUCGGUUGUGUGAUGUUUUGGGGGCAGGAUUGUUGACUCUACAUGAUAUAAGCAUCAAAGACCACAACGAGUUCAGAAAUGUGGCGGUUACCGCUGACCACUGGAUGCCCAUGAUCGAAGUAGCAGUUCCCGAUAUAGUGAAGUUUUUGAGACAAAAGAAGAAGGAGGGAUACACCUUGAUUGGACUCGAGCAAACAGACAACUCGGUGGAGUUGAACAGCGACCUCAAGUUCCCCCAGAAGUCAUUGAUUUUGUUGGGUAAAGAGAGAGAAGGUGUUCCUGGAGAGCUAUUGGCAGAAUUAGACUUGUGUGUCGAAAUCAAACAAGUUGGAGUCAUCCGGUCCAUGAAUAUUCAAACCGCCACCGCCAUCAUUGUUCAAGCCUAUUCAUCCCAACACUGUUGAGAUUGUAUUAGAAUCUAUGUAAAUUUAAUGUACAGUUCAUUAGAAGACUUGGCCAUCUCCUUCAUCUUGGUCUAUUAACGUGUCCAAGGCAUGAAUAAUCAUUCCACAAUACUUAUUGACCAUGGAGAUUGCAGACACUAUGUGUGUCAGUUUCAAGCCUUUAUAGUUGUUUUUGUUCGAGUUUAAUGCAAGAUUUAUGUUCUGUAAUGGGGUUUGGGCCUUCCCAUCGUAGAAACUCACAAUUAGCCCAUUUUCCAACACCUGUUCCUCCUCGAGCGACGGAUCAAACAAUAGUGACGACCCGAUGACACCCAAGGUGAUGAACACAGGCGGCUGAAAGUCUGAGCCGGUGGCUUCUCCCAAGGUUUUAGCAUCUUCCCAAUCGUCUGAAAAUGUUGGUUGUUCCUCCACAUUCACAUCAUCAACCUCACUGACCAACUUGGGCAACUUGGUGGUUUUCAACGCCAAGUAUAUGGCCAUAGAGAUGAUAGUCAAUGGGUACGACGUAUUACUCAUCACAAUACAGUCAAUAAAUAACUUAUAACUGUAUCUACUUGUAAGCUUCAAGGCCUCAAAAGGAAAGUUCUUGUGUAAUAGGCUCGACAAAUUGUACUUUAGCGUCGCCACAAAGUUGGAAUCAUCUCUGUAUCCUUGGACAUCCACAUCCACCUCCAAUAAGUUGGGAGUAUCGGCUGUUUUUACCACUUUGGACUUGACACUCACAAUACACUCAGCUCCAUCGGUCAUUCUCAAUCUGGCAGAACCGUUGGAACUGGGCAAAAAAGUGGUGGUAGCCUCCAACGGACGGCACUGAAAGACAUUCCUGGCAUCUGGCCGUAUUGGCGGGUUCUGCACGAGCGAGUCGUAUAAGUAUUGCCUUUCUGCCGGGGACAAAAGCAUGGGUGAUGAAAUAUUUGUCUUCCUCUGCGC